UCCUGAAGAAAUGCAGCUCAAAUGCUCCCCGGCAGGAAGCAGGAAAUGUACAUGUUUGGGUGCAGCAGGGAGCCUGCCGGAGCACCCCUCAGGUGGGAGCGCUGCUGGGGCAGCAUGUGGAGCCCCAGGCUCAUCACCCUGCUCUCUGCCCUGGCUCUGGCUGGAGGAUCUGCCGUCAAUGACCCUGGAAAUGAUGGAUCAGGAGAUGGAUUGACGAUCAUACCCACUUUUACAGCAACACAACUUCCUGCUAUGGGUCCUUCGACCGUGGAUGACCAUGAGCCAGUACUUGCAAAUGCAAACGUUACUGAAAGCAGCUUUGAAACACAGAGUUCUCCAAAUACUGAACUGAAUACUGAGAAUGAUGAGGACAGCCUAGAAGCAGAACAGUCUAUCUUGAUAUAUGUUGUCCCUGUGGCACUGCUGGUCCUGCUGAUUUUGUUGAUCACUUUUUUUGUAAUGCAUCAUAAAAGGAAAAAGUCCAAGCAAGAUGAGCUGGGAAGUGAAAAUGUAAAAAGCCCUAUUUUUGAAGAAGACACACCCUCUGUUAUGGAGAUAGAAAUGGAAGAGCUUGAUAAAUGGAUGAACAGCAUGAACAAAAAUGGUGACUGUGAAUGUUUGCCUACUGUAAGAGAAGAAGAAAAAGAAUCAAUCACCAACCCAAGUGAUGGUGAAUCAUGAAGUCCUCAGGACAGCAAAGAACUGGCUAAAGGGAUGCAGCACACAAACUAUCAUCUCCCAGAUAUUGGAAGAAUUGCUUUUAAAUAUAAUUCAUCUCAAAAGACCAGACAAGCAAAUGCUUUUGUUGUGUCCUGAUUCAUAUGGUCUUCAGAAAGGAAACAUCACCAAGGGAAAAUAAGAAAAGAUAAAGGAGGGAAAAAAAAAAAGAGAAAAAAAAGAGAAAAGCAUUGUAGCAAGAUUAAGGACUGCUUUAAAUUCUUUUUGUAAUGGGAUUCACCACAAAUCAAGAGAAACUUCUUUUUUACCCCUUCCAAAAUUUCUCAAAGUAGCCUAUGUUUCCGUCUAGUUCUGCAGUUGUGUAUUGGGCAGCACUUAAAACAAAUUCUUUUCCAGAUUUGGUGGGUUACUUUGUUUUGGUUGGUUUUGUGGUUGUUUGCUUCAGUAUCCAUAAUUCUGGACUGCCCUGGUUUGGUGGAUAUGAAGCUCAUGCCUAUGCAGUAUUUAUUUCUCAAUUUGCUUUUUUCUAAUCAGUGCACUGAUUUGCACAGGACUGCUGUUGAGGAGGUACCAGGCUAGCAUUGACAGACCAGCUCUGAGGACAGACAGGAGGUGAAAAACCUCUCAAAGAAAUAGCCAGAAGUAAAUGCAGCCCACCGAGGGCAUGGACUCUGUAGAGUGCCCUUUGGUUUUUAGAUAAAAGGCACUGUAGAAGUGAAAAGUAUUAUUUUGAGACUGCCUUUCAGUUUGUUAUCACCACAGAUGAACACCCUGGGCUAGGUCUCCCUCCCCAUGUAACUCUCCUCCCUGCCCAGGGCUGUUCUCUAAUCACCUACUUCAGGAAUAUCCAACUUAAAAGCAUUUCUUUUUUUUUUAAAAAUGAGUGAGAUUGAAAGAUUGAACAAUUCAAUAGUCACAUUUAAUACAGAUUUAGAUAAGUAUGUGUUAUGCAUAACUACUUGGUCAAGGUUUUCAGAUACAGGAGGUUUUCUGCUUUUCUGCUGCUUCUGUUUUCAAAUACUGAGCCUGCAAUAUCCAAAAAACAUGGAUUUCUAAGUGUGCCCAGUCACCUUUAGUUACAAUGGAAAAAAAUCAGACUCCUGUGAUACCUCAAGGUGGGAACAUGAAUGUUGUCACUGUGUCCAUUGAUUUUAGAUAGCAUAUCUCUUAGGGAUGUAGCUUAAAUAUGUAACACACAUAAAGGGGAAUUCUUGUCUGGGCAAAUCUUCUCUUGCCUUAUUUAAAAUAGCAGAUUCAUAUCCUACCAUACCUUAUAUCCUACCUGUCUGUGGCAGUGUAUAUUGAUUGCAGCUUUUCUAAAAGACGUAAUUUGAAACCUAGCCAGCCUGUAAGUAGGCAGUUACCUGGGUAAGAAUCCCACCUCGUCUAUUGGACCCUAAGUGCAGAUGUAUUGGUUGAGGAAAUGAGCCACUGAAAUAGUAACCAAUCACCUGUGUGUGCCCGGGAAAACUAAAUCACCCUAUUUAAGUGCUCACAAACAAUAAAGGUGCUUAAGUCUUGUUACAUGGAUCAGAAGUGCUGGUGUCUCUGUCUCGGACCGGACCCGGCACCCACCAUGGCGGCGGCCCAGCCGAUGAAACAAUGGUAACACCUAUCCUCACAUUCUAUUUAAAUACGUAAUGCCUUCCCACUCAAUACAUGUUUAAUAUGAUCAGUUUUGUUCCGCCUGAAAAUAAUUCACUAAUAAGUUACCAUGCAUAGCUUGAUUAAAGAGAGAAAACAAAUGCCCCAAGCAUUAUAUGUCUUAACUCAGUUCUGGCACGCUGAUGAUCCAUUGCCCUGUUCAAGUCACACAUUGAUAAUAGUGCAAUGCAUUAACUCAGUUUGCUGUGGCAUGUGUGUUGAUGCCUCUGCGGUUUGGGGUUAAUGUUAAUUCUAGAUGGUCCAUCUGCCAGAUAAAACUUCCAAACAAGUUUUUCAGAGAUUAAAUUUCACUUUUAUUUUUCAAGUUUACCUUGAAAGAAUGCAUUUCCUGUAAACUUAAGCCAUUAAGCAUUCUUAUUCCGGUGUUCAUAACUGGUCAAUCUCUUCAUAAAGCCUUUAAUUUUGUCCAGAACUAAUGUCUAGGUUAGAAGUUUAUAAUUAUUCAUGUCACUUACUCUCUCUAAAUUUUGGCAUACUAGAGAAUUUAUUUGCCUCUUCAGGAACUUUUCUUGGCAUUUAAAAAUACAAAACAAUGCUUUGGGCACUUCCUUGGCCAAUAAAUUUUCUCUAUCCGCUGAUUUUUAAAAGUGCAAACUCAAUAUAUGCUGUGUUACUACUGAAAAAUGUACCAUUCCAUCAAAUCUCACCUGUCAUCAGGUCCUGUUCUCCUUGUGUGAAACAGACCAAGGGUCAAGUAAUAUGCAUUUCAGUAUAGUUAUGAAUAUUUCUAAUAGAUUCCCUCAGUACUAGCCAAAUACAAUUUUUAGUAUUUCUCUUUUCCCUGAACAUUUAUACAUGAUUGUUAUUUUUCCCCUAGCCCUAACUAUAGAAGGGAUGUCUCGUUCAUCUGAUUUCUCUGCCCAGGUCCCCACCGCUGCGUUUCACCCUGCUGGUCUCCCUCUAUGAUCAUAACUUUCACACUGAGGUCUGCAUUUUCCAUGGCCACUGCCCAGCACCCUCUCACUCGCUUACAGCCAAGCCUUUCUGUGGACACUGGGUUCAGGGGUGCAGCUUCACCAUGGGCACUGCUUUGGCCCCUCUCCUCUCUCACCCCAUUUGGUAUUUCCCUCUUCUGCUCACUUGUGUGCCCCUUGCUCUCCUGUUUGUUUCACAAUUGUCAUCAGUUCCUGGUCAUUUCCUUUUGCACAGUUUUGCCUCAGUAUUUUAAUUCUGUGGGUGGAUUGAGUUACAGAGGAUUUAGAACAUCUCAUGCCUACAUUAAUACAGCCAAAACAUUAUAAUAUUCCAGUUCGUGAGUAUUAACUCUACACCUUCUGUUGAUGCAUCUUCGUUUUCCCUAAAUCAUACAGUCAGGUCCUCUAGCCCACAAAAUAAAACAGAGAACAAUUAGACAGCAGAUAAGAUAACAGCAAACUCUAAAAAUUAUUUUAUCACCAUGCACUACAGAGUAUUUAAGCCUCUGUGGUAAUACCCUCAUCGUUAGCCUGAUCCAAGCCAACCCAUCUCACCAUCACCUUGCAACAUGUACCAGUAAUUUAUAACUCAAGUUAUCAUACCUCAGUAGAAAAUGAGAAAAAAUAUGGAAAUAGGAAGCGCCUCCCACUAUGAAUUGUUCUAAAAUGUUUCACAAAUGUGAUGAUCCCUAGGGAACUGCUACCUCUUCUUGCAUUUUUAAAAAUAAUUUCACUAGUUAUCCAGCACUUCAAGACAAUUUGACAUCCCAUUUACAGCAUGAGGCCUUUUUUGUUCUGCAGAAAAGCUACAGAUCCAAAGGAAGAUUUGUUUGAGAAAUACAUAGGUAAUAAAAAGGGUAAUUAAGAGCCAACACCUCUCCUAGAUAUGCUAAAAACCAGUAUCUUAACAAACUAGAAAUAACUCCUCCAUAAAUGUACAAACAUAACGUUGCUGUUAUUACCAGCAGCUAAUUAAUUCCAUAAGAGUCCUAUACUUAUAAAGCACAUAACCCUGACAUUAACAUCAGCAAAAACUAACAUUUUUUUAGUUUCUAGAUAAUCAUAAGUUAUAGAUUCAUAGAUAACUCUUGCUCUAAGAUUUAAAAAAAUAUUUUUUGUAAUGCUAAACUCAUUGGUGGACCCUGAUUGAACCUUUGUUGCUUUUCUGAUGUGAAACUGCGGUAUAUUCAACUGUUUUAUCAAAUAGAUGCUCCAAAUUAUUUUGUUAUGUAAAUAUUUGAAAGAUACAGUAUUACUUAAUUGUGUAUAAGAGUUUGAGAUUUUAAACAACUUGUUCUAAUAAAGUUUUUAGUGUCUACAGGUUCUGUUUUUUUCCAUAGUCCUGCUAUUCCUCUCAAGUCUAUGGAUCCUAAUUACUUGUUAUUGAUGUCACAAUCAGGCCUGAGAAGAUGUGCGCAACUGAAUAUGGUACAUAGAUCUCUUACUCUCAUCAGCUCUCUAAAAUUCAGGCAAAGGAGAAAAAAAGAGACCUGCUUUAUAUUUCAUUAUAUUUUUAUUGGGAUAUUUCAGAUUGUUUAUAUCAAUAAAUCACUUCUGAUUCCAGGGAGAGUAGUGAAUUACUGCCAUGAUUUGUCCUUGGGUGACUCUUGCCAUCUCUCUUUAAUCAUCAAUCAUUUCUCAGGUUAUUUCAGUCAAAACUUCAUUAAAAUGGGAGUCUCCAGGCUGAUAGACCUGCUAAAGUAAUUUUCAGUGGAUUUAAGGGAAAAGGA